AUAUGUGACAGGAAAAAACUAGUAAACACUUUUAGCAGUUACAACAACUUAUACUUGAAUGCAGAAUGUUACAGCAUCACUUAUGGAUAUAUUCGUUUUUCGACUCCCAUUGCUUAAGCCAUUAAUCUUUCUAGAAUUGUUCUUUGAAACACAUGCAACCUCACAAAAGAUGUUAACGAUGCUGUCAGACCUGACCAGAGCAGAUAACGAACUCCUUGAGGAGGUCAGAGCCAACCGCCAUCCCUGCUGCAAUGAAAAUGUAGAUGCUGGGGUAUUGCCUCUGGAUUUGCCCUUGCACAACAUGGAGGAGCUAAACAAUGCAGAGGCAGCUCAUCAAUCACCGGAGGCAAAUAAGGCAAUGGUUAGACGCUUUGCCUUGAUUGGAGGGACCACACUGGAGGUGCGAGUCCAUCGCACCGCCAAACGAGCUGGCCUCGGUACUCAACUGGACAGGGAACAAACCAAGGACCAGACAGAGCAAAAAAGGGCAUUUAAAGAGACAGCGCUGUGCAGAUGCAUAUUCGAUGGCCUGACGCAGCAGGUAGGGGUGAACUCUAUGUCUGAGUUUGUCUUUGCUCAAGCAGUCCAAAAAUGGCUCAGAUACGCUCCGGAUCGUAUGGGUGGCGCAGGACGCACAUCAUCCAUCCCCAUCCCCGAGUAAAAAUUUGACGUGAA